AAAUUUGCAUUGCUUUUGCUUUUGCAUUUCUCUGAUCUCUCUCGCACGCACCUUUUUCUAUCCUAAAACUCAAAAUAAAACUUUUGAUCUUAUUAAUACAUUUGAAGCAUUUAUUUUUAGUUAAUUUAAUUUAUCGGUUGCGUUUAUUAAAAGCAAACAUGGUCACUGAACCAUGUUAGGAGAUAUCCAACUGACUAAACGCUUAAUUGUUAUCGCUUUGGUUCUCGCUAUUAUUUACAUUUUGAAGGAAUACGUAUUCGUUUAUCCAAUAUGAGUCAACAGAGAGUUGCUUAUUUCUACAACGCCGACGUUGGUAACUUCCAUUAUGGACCUGGACAUCCUAUGAAACCGCACAGACUGGCAGUGACUCAUAGUUUGGUCCUAAAUUAUGGACUUCAUAAGAAGAUGCAGAUUUACAAGCCCUAUAGAGCUAGCGCUCACGACAUGUGCCGAUUUCAUAGCGAAGACUACAUUGAAUUUUUACAGAAUGUAACACCUCAAAACAUACAGAGCUACUCCAAAGACCUUCUGCAUUACAAUGUUGGUGACGACUGCCCAGUUUUCGAGGGUCUAUUUGACUUCUGUUCCAUGUAUACAGGAGCUUCUUUAGAGGGUGCAAUGAAACUGAAUAAUAAUGCAUGUGAUAUCGCUAUAAACUGGUCAGGUGGAUUGCAUCAUGCUAAGAAGUUUGAGCCUUCUGGGUUUUGUUACGUCAAUGAUAUUGUAAUAGCAAUAUUGGAGCUAUUGAAGUACCAUCCUCGGGUGUUGUACAUAGACAUUGACGUCCAUCAUGGUGAUGGAGUACAAGAGGCCUUCUAUCUGACCGACAGAGUGAUGACGGUCAGUUUCCACAAGUACGGAAACUAUUUCUUCCCAGGAACCGGUGAUAUGUAUGAGAUAGGUGCCGAAAGUGGAAGGUACUACUCUGUCAAUGUGCCAUUGAAGGAGGGAAUCGAUGAUCAAAGCUAUGUUCAGGUAUUUAAACCGGUAAUCUCGAACGUGAUGGAAUUCUAUCGGCCUACCGCUAUAGUGCUACAGUGCGGCGCCGAUUCUCUCGCGGGAGAUCGUCUUGGGUGUUUCGCGCUAUCAACUCGUGGCCACGGGGAGUGCGUGAAAUUCGUUAAGACUCUAAACGUGCCUACUUUAGUAGUCGGCGGUGGGGGGUAUACACUGCGUAACGUGGCGAGGUGUUGGACAUACGAAACUUCACUGUUGGUCGACGAGAACAUUUCCAAUGAGUUGCCCUACACUGAGUAUCUGGAGUUCUUCGCACCUGAUUUCCAAUUGCACCCUGACGUUAGCAACACAAACAAUGCUAAUAGUAAGCAGUAUUUGGAGGCGAUCUCUAAACACGUGUAUGACAACUUAAAAAUGUGCCAGCACUCGCCAGCAGUGCAAAUGACUCAUGUGCCAGGUGAUUUCUUCCCCGAUGAGUACAGGAUUAAAGAUGAGCCUGACCCAGACGUGAAAAUGACCCAAGAGGAGGCUGACAAAUUAGUUGAAGCCAAGAACGAGUUCUACGAUGACGAGAAAGAUAACGACCGGGAUCAGCCAACAGAGAAUAAGGAACCAUAGCAUACGACCACCGAGGCCGACCCUCUGGCCAUAUGACAAGAGACAAUAUACAAAAAGUUCAAGAAAAAAUUCAUGUGAAGUGAUCUCGUGUUGUGUGUUAACUGUGAACGAAUCAGUUGAAAAGUGUAGUGAAGUGACAUUUUUGUGUAUAGGGUUAUGAAGCCCUAAUAACUUUUUGAAGCUAGAUUUGGAGUAAAAUUUAGCUGAACUUUUGGCUUUAAACACUAGCAUAUAUGUUUACAGGGCCUUACUUUAUAAAAACGAAUUGCUUAGCAGGUCUUAAUCUUGAUAAUGAUUCCGUUUUCUCUGAAAAAGGACCAGAUGUAAAUACAUAGUCACAUUUUCAAUGCCGUUAAAUGGUUAGGACAUAAUUAUAUUACCCCUGAAGUGAGAUUGACUUUGUGUAAGAUAGCAAAAGAAUUUAUUAUGCAGGAUAACUGCAAUUCCAUUAGAAAUCGUGAAUAAUUCAUUGGUUUGCUAAGUAGAUAUAUAGGUUUUAUAGUUAAGUAUGUAUUGUUAAUAAGAUUACAUGUUAUUAUAAUAUGAUGAAUUUUGGGAGUGUGAGUGGGGUACUCACGAACUGACGAACAGUGGUAACUACGAAACUUAUCUAUACAAUGACAUUAUUUUCAAAGUAUUUUGAACAACUUUUCUCUAUGGAGAUACCAUAUAGAAAAGUUUGAACCUCAAUCGAGAAAGGUUAAAUACGUUAAAACUGUAUUGGUUUAUGUAAAAAUACUAUAAUCUUGACUGAAUUAUGUAAUAUUAUUAUUUAAUUACUAUAAAGAGGUAAAAACAUUUUUAAAAGGCACUGCCUUAUAGAGGCAGUUGUAAAUAGCAGGUUUGGUAAGUUAAAAAUUAUAAAAGGCACGUUUAAUAACUAGUAGCAGUUAAAACUAAGCAGUAAAGUAAACAAAAAUGAGUAAUAAAAUAUAACGAAAUGGAUCAGUGAAUAUAUAAUUGCGCAGGAAAAUAUAUAAAUAGGCGGUAAAUAGCUCCGCCCAACUAACGAACAUUUACCUCUCUUCUCAAUGAAUUUGAGUUCAAGUGUCACCGCUCGCUAUGAUCUGCCUAAACUUUUAUCGAACCGCCCAUUCAGUUAUUAGACUGUUCAAUUAUUUUUAGAAUUGACAUUGUAUGAUAAAAUAACCAACUAAUUGUUUUUUUUAUUACUGACCAUGUAUUACUGCCGCAAUAAUUAAUCAACCGCCAUUAAAUUAAAUAACUGCUCAAUAUGUUUUUCAACUGAUCAUAAUAACAUCCCGAAUGUUUAAAUAACAGCUCAAAAAAUUAGUUCCCUUUUUAGAAUAACACGAAACACAUGAAAUUUGACACAUGAUAAAAUUUUCGUACCUAGCCCCUCUAGCAUGACCACCGAAACGGGAUAUGUUAAAGCGAUAUAUCGACCAUUAACUGUCAGACUACUAUGGAGUUUGACAGUAGUCUGACAGUUAAUGUCGAUAUAUCGCUUUAUCAUAUCCCGUUUCGGUGGUCAUGCUAGAGGGGCUGGAGCGACGCGUAAGUUCUUUAGGCUUCUAGGGUGUGCGUAGCAGGGGAGCCCAAGCGGGGAUUUUUGAAAUUACUUAAGCGUGGCAGAAUAACAUAAGGAGGGCAACCUUACACAUUGUGAACUACUCCCACCUAGGGUUAACAUUUUUUUUUUUCUAUCAAAUAUAGUAUUUUCGACACUGUUACCUCUAAAAAUAUAGUAGAUGGCAAAAACUUCUUAAUAAUAUACGUGCCAAAUUUGAAGUAAAUCCAUGCAGAACUUUUUGAGCUUAUCCUGGACACACAAACAGGACAAAAUUCUAAAAACUAUAUUUUUGGCUUCGGUAUCGACUGUAGAUCACACCCCAAGUAUUCUUUAAAAAAAUAUUCAAUGUACAGUUUUGACUUUUCUACCAUUUUAUUAUAUAUGUCGGAGUGGGCGAGCGGUAAUAUAGGCGGUUGGCCACGUGGUUCAUCUUGAUCCGCCAUCUUGGUUAUUCAAUGUUAUUUUCCGAAAAUGAAACUGUAGUCUAAUAACUUAGCUAAUGUUUAAUUUAAAUCUUUAAAUCACUUUACAAAAUAUGAUAAGAUUACAAGGAUACAAAUGGAUUGCUUUGUGAAGCGCGGAGAGUUCUGUGCUAACGUCCAUUCACUAUCGCAGCUCACGUCUGAAUGCCGAAUGCCGAAUGCUGAAUGCCCCUUCCAAUGAAGCGUUACCCCCUUAAAUACUACCCUUAGCAUAGACCACUCCCAAGUGAUGACAGCUGUCACUGUCAUAACUUGACGUUUCACAAAGCAAAUGGUACAAUGACUGAUGACAUUUGCUGUAGGUUUUACGUUUCGCAGGAGCGAGCGAGACGCCAUCCGCCGACAUAUAUAUAUAUAUAUGUAGUAUUUAUUCGCC